UCUCACUUUCCCUCUUCUUUUCCUUCCUCAAAGCUUUUCCCUCCCAAUUUUCUCUUUCCGCUUUGAAGCUUUCCCACUCCAAAAAUGGGGAAAUACAUGAAAAAAUCCAAAACUACCGGCAAAAUUGGCGUCAUGGAGGUCACCGAGCCUACAUCUAUGGGUGUUCGCACCAGGGCCGCCAAAACCCUAGCUUUGAAGCGGCUCAACUCCUCCGCCUCCGAUUCAGCUCUACCCGACGACUCUUCUUGUUACCUUCAGCUCCGUAGCCGCCGUCUCGAGAAACCCUCUUCGCUGAUUGAACCGAGACAACAGCCUCCGAGACCGAGAGUUCAUAAAUCGGGAAUCAAAGAGCCUCGCGUUGACUCGGUUAACUCGGUUCCUGUAGCUCAGAGCUGUAAUGGAGAUGAAUUUUUUGAUAAUUCCGUGAGUGCCCAAGUCUCUUGUGGAGAGAACAGCCUCGAUUUUGAAUCUAGACACAGCACAAGGGAGAGCACGCCUUGUAACUUUGUUGGGGAUCAUGAGAUCAUGGUUACACCAGGGUCUAGCACAAGGUCGAUGCGCACACCAACCAAAGAGUACACAAGGGACCGGGAUAGCACGAUACCAACCACUAGUGAACUGGAGGAGUUCUUUGCCUUUGCAGAGCAGCAGCAACAGAGGCUAUUCAUUGAGAAGUACAACUUCGACAUUGUGAAUGAUGUCCCCCUCAGCGGACGCUACGAAUGGGUACAAGUCAUUCCAUGAAGUUGAAGAGGAAGCAGCUCCAAAAAAUAUGGUGUGAAGUAAGAAUGUGAUGGAAUUAACAGACUAACCAAACAUCGAAAAAUCAUGUAAUCUUAAGUAAUAAUGUGGUUAGAGAACAAGUUUGAAAGUAGCUUAGGGACCGACCUGAAACCUUACACCAUUUGUACUACUAAUCUCAGAUGCCUAGUGAGUUUUUCUCAUCUGUUUUCUUUCAAAUGUUUGUGUUUUUUCUUUCUCUCUCUCAUAUUUAUUCAAAACUAUAUGUAAUGAUGAUUGAUGGGGAUGUGUGUGAAAAUGUUAAAGCUUGGCAUAUAGUGAAGAAAAAAUGAUUCAGAUGCAGAAGAAGUAAGACCCAAUUGGGAGGUUCACGUGUGUAUUUUGGUAGGUGCAAAAUCUGAAUCAUAUCCUUUUCGUUCAACUACACAAGAUUGGUCCCUUUUCUUCUCUUUACCAUAAU